AGAGUUGAUUAAUAAAUUUUGUCAAAAUCAUAGUAAUUUGUUGUUGUUUAGAGUGUAGUAAUUAUUGUUUAGUAGUGUUUCAUCAAAAAUGAUGACGUUUCAUAAAAUUUUACUAACAAUGGUAUUUGAGAUAUAACUAUCGAUUAAGUUAGUAUUUAAAACUCCCGUCUAUAUUAAAUAAAAUAAGAAAAAAUGACGAGUGAUCGUGAACGUAGUCGUCACUGCAGCACAGAGAAACAUCGAAGUCGCAGCCGUGAUAGGUAUCGUAGCGGCAGUCGUAAGCGUCGUAGUCGAAGCCGAGACAAACAACGUAGUGGAAGUCGAGAUAGACAUCGUAGUCUAAGUCGAGAUAAACAUCGCAGUCGAAGCCGUGAUAAACAUCGUAGUCGAAGUGGAGAUAAACAUCGUAGUCGAAGUCGAGAUAGACAUCGUAGUCUAAGUCGAGAUAAACAUCGCAGUCGAAGCCGUGAUCAACAUCGUAGUCGAAGUCGAGAUAAACAUCGUAGUCGAAGCCGUAAUAGAUAUCAUAGUCGAAGUCGAGAUAGACAUCGUAGUCUAAGUCGAGAUAAACAUCGCAGUCGAAGCCGUGAUAAACAUCGUAGUCGAAGUGGAGAUAAACAUCGUAGUCGAAGUCGAGAUAGACAUCGUAGUCUAAGUCGAGAUAAACAUCGCAGUCGAAGCCGUGAUCAACAUCGUAGUCGAAGUCGAGAUAAACAUCGUAGUCGAAGCCGUAAUAGAUAUCAUAGUCGAAGUCGAGAUAAACAUCGUAGUCGAAGUCGAGAUAAACAUCGUAGUCGAAGCCGUGAUAGACAUUGUAGUAGAAGCCGGGACAAAAUUAAACGAGAACCCAGUAGCGACCGUCACAGGAAUCGAAGCAAGGAACGGCGUACUGAGAACAACAUAACCAGUCACAAAGAGGACAGUAGAGAAAAUGUACCACAGUAUCACAGUCAUGAACGUGGUCGUAGCUCUUACAGAGACUUCAAUAGUGAUUUUGGUGGGCUCGGUGGAGGUCUAGGCAGUUGUGGACCUGGACCAAAAGGCAGAUACAAACCACAAGAGGAGGAGUUCUUAGAUGCAAGACGUGAGGAAAGGGAGAGAAUAGGACAAAUUGGUGUUUCCUCAGUUUGGGGAAAGUCACCUUUAAGACCUGAGUAAGUUAAUUGUGUGUUUAUGUCACCCAUAAUUCAUCUAAAUAAAAGACAAAGCUGACAACUUGCGCUUAGUGGAAAUAGCAAUCACUGAAAUUGAAAGCAACUGAGGCUCCUUAUGCUGACUUGAUUACAAGGCUAAGAUACAUUGCAUGCAGUGGAAACUCAUCUUGCUAAAAAAAAAAUAUCACCAGGUUUGAAUCGACCAUGGUAGCAAGCCAUCAUUAAUGAAAAUUGUGGAUAAAUGUGCAUCAUACUAUCAAAUUUUUAUUUUUUAAUUAUCAAUUCAUUCUUAUAAUUGGUAGAGCCAUGUUGCAGCUAUAUUAGUAGUAUAGUUGUAACACAAAUAGGUCGGCUCGACCAGGGCAGGACCACGCACUCACAGAAGACUAACAUAAAAUUGCAGCUAUUUUAUGUUGGUCUGUGCUUUGUAUGGUGAAUGUAGAAAACCAGAGACCCUUCUUGCUGGAAAUGAGGCAUUCCAUCUUAGUCCUCACGGGUGACAAUGCAUCUACAUUUUGAUUCUUUAUUAAGGAUAGAUGUAGAUGUCUAUAGGUCACGGGAACCACUUACCAUCAGGUGGACUGCAUGCUCGUUUGUCACCCUAUCCUAUAAAAAAAAAUUGUCAAUCAAUUCAGUAUUUUAUUGAAUUGAUAUUUCUUUCAAAAUUUUGUAAUAGAUAACAAUUAUUUUUUGUUAAAAUAUUAUGAUUAUAUUAUACAUAGGCUGCACUAAAAGUAUAGGGAAUGGAAUAUUUCCACUGUUCCUGUCAUAUUAAAAUCUUUUUAAUUGAAAAGUCCUUGGUUUUAAAAAUCGAAUACCAUUUAUUUAUUUAAAAAAAGAUUCUCGGUCUUGUCACAAGGUUUUGUCAAACUUGUUUAGUCGUUGAGAAAAUGGAAUUGACUCGAGAAAAUUCAAGAGCGAUUAUUUAUUAUAACUUUCGAAGUGGUUUAACACAAAAACAGUGUGUAGACCAGAUGAUUUCUGCAUUUGGUGAUGAAGCCCCAUCCAAAACCACAAUUUAUCGCUGGUUUGCUGAAUUUCAACGUGGACGUGUCAAGCUCAGUGAUGAUCCCCGUCAAGGUUGUUCAAAAACCGCAGUCACCCAAGAAAACGUUGAUGCUGUACGUAAGCUGAUUGAGGAAGAUCGACAUGUGACAUACCGCGAAAUUCAGGCAACUUUAGACAUUGGUAUGAGUCAAGUACAAAUAAUCUUGCAUGAACAAUUAGGUGUAAAAAAGUUGUUUUCCCGAUGGAUACCGCAUUCGCUCUGUGAAGAGCAAAAAGCGGCUCGCGUUACUUGGUGCGUCAAAACUCUCGAAAGAUUCCACGCAGGAUCCUCAAAUGCUGUAUACAACAUCGUAACAGGUGACGAAUCCUGGAUAUACGCGUACGAAUCCGAAACAAAAAACCAGUCACGAGUUUGGGUGUUCGAAAAUGAGUUAAAGCCAACAAAAAUUGUCCGUGCAUUGAGUGUUGCAAAAAAAAUGGUCGCCACGUUUGUCUCCAAAACCGGCCAUGUUACGACUAUUCCUCUUGAGGGACAAAGAAUGGUUAAUGCAGAAUGGUAUGCUAGCAUUUGUUUGCCACAGGUCGUUUCUGAACUCCGUAAAGAGAACUGCAACCGCCGCAUCAUCCUCCAUCACGACAAUGCGAGUUCUCACACCGCAUACAGCACAAAAGAGUUUUUAGAGCAAGAAAACAUAGAAUUAUUAGACCAUCCGCCGUACAGCCCCGACCUAAGCCCUAAUGAUUUGUAUACUUUCCCUAAAAUAAAGAAUAAAUUGCGUGGACAGAGAUUUUCAUCACCUGAAGAAGCUGUGGACGCCUACAAAACGGCCAUUUUGGAGACCCCAACUUCCGAAUGGAAUGGUUGCUUCAAUGAUUGGUUCCAUCGUAUGUAAAAAUGUGUCUAAUUUCGCGGAGAAUACUUCGAAAAGCAAUAAAUACAUUUUUAAAUAGUAAUGUUGUGUCAAUUCCUUGAUUCCCGAAAUUUUCAGUGCUGCCCUUGUAAUAAUGUUAUGUAAAUACUGCCCUAAUGCAUGUUGAUAGAUUUCAAACAUGUUAUAUUUAUAUUACUCACAUGCAUGAGAUAAAUUAGCACUUAAUAUUGCAACUAAGAGUAUAUCCAGGCAGUGUUUUUCUUUUUUUUUUAAAACAUUACCCCCACACUAGGAUUUUCUCCUGUAUCGUGGAAGCAGUUUACAAACACAAAUUGCACAAGGACAAACAUCCAGACAAGGAACAAUUAUUUGUAGGUCAUACAAAUACCUGUAACGUGCGGGAUUCCGAUGGGCCACGGAGCAGUCUGUUUAGUUUAUAUAAACAUAAUUCUCUCAGAAUAAUGACACUAGAGCAAAUAUCUUUUCACACUACAACUAACUAUCUUGUAUACACUGCUAUGUUUCAAGUAUAGGAACCUUCCAAAAAUUACUAAAAUAACUGAAAACAAUUAUAACACUGUUAUCAGACAUCCAGCAAACAAAUUUAU